CAACGAUGCGCGCCGCGUGCGCGGUGAUGUCGAAAAAUGUAAAAAAUAAAAUAUGCUUGCAUAAUUUAGUGAAGUUUGGUUAUGGUAAUUGUGUGUUUGCAUUUAUUUAAUUAACCGUGAGGUGAUACGGUCUCGAAUUGUAUUCUUAGAUUUAUUAUUGUGGUUCAGCGCAAACUGUGAAUUGACUAACAAAGGCCCCUUAUUAAGAUUUUUGUGAUAUUAUGACUAUGAAAAUAUAGAACACAAGAGAACAAAAUGGUGGAAAUAAGCAAACCGUUAUUCGCGCAGGCGUGCCAGAAUUUGGACUGCCAUGUUCUACUCCAUCCCUGGCAUGAGAGUUGUAUAAAAUCUAUGCCUCAUACAUACAUCCAUUCAUUCAUAGGAAGCGCCAAAUUUUACUCAAUAAUUUAUGUAGCACAAAUUCUAAUGAGAGGGAAACAACUGAAGAAAAAAGAGGAAUGGCUCAAAAUGGGGGAGUAUUACGCCAGGUCCGCGAUCCUUGGGGGUACUAUCUGCGCUACUUGUUGCACUUUAGGUUGUAUUUUGAGGAGAAUGUUGGGCAAUAAAUUCUACUAUUAUUCGCUUUUUCUUAUACCUAGUACAAUAAAUGGUAUAUUUAUAUACGUGGAACCACCAAGCAGAAGAGGUCUGAUAAUUAAUUUAUUUACAAGCUUGAUGUUAGAAUAUUGGAUCACGACUAUGGAGAGAGCUGGCUACUUAUCAAUGACUAAAACGAAACAAACAAUCAUGUUUAUGCUUGGCAGCGCGGUCCUUUUCUAUCUAAUGCGUUUGGAGGGUGAUAAAAAGGAACGGACGCCACUUUUAUGGUUAUUUACGCCGGAAAAAGUCAAACGGAAAACAAACGAUGAUGAAAACCCCUGCCCACACAAAGGGCCGUGUUUGCGGCAUAUCUUAAAGGGUGCUGCCACGUACUUCAGUGUAGGAUCAGCUUUUACCCUCGCGAGGGUCAUCCUGCCUAAGAUCGGAUCCCCCGCCAGAGCCUUCGCUUCAGUUCAGCGCAAGCAUUUCAAAAUGGGUCUUUUCUUCGGUUCAUAUAUCGGUAUUUACAGAGCUGUUAUAUGCUACCUGUGUCGUAAACGAGGCGCUGACUCGGCGUUGCAUGCGCUGCCGGCAGGGUACCUUGCUGGAUUAUCGUUCCUAUUCAGUCCCACCUUGGGGUUUGCGACCGCAUCAGUCACAGCGGCAUUGAGACUGUAUUCAACAAUUCUCUACGAGAAAAAAAUACUGCCGAGCAACAUCCCCCUAGCAGAGCUGAUGUACUGCCUCUGUCAGGGAACCCUGUUCCACGCCCGAUUCAUGCAUCCGGAGACUGUCCCCAAAUACAUGUUCAAGCUCACGGAUGGUGUUAGCCAUGGAAGAACUGCAUUACUAUCGGACAAUCUUCAAGCAGUGGCCAAAAUGGCAUUAUCGUUAUAAUGACGGCAACGAUUUGAAGAAAUAUGGUGGUCUAAUCUAAAUAUAAUCAAGAACGAUGGGUGAUGGUUAAGUGGACAUUGGUGGACAUGGGGAUUAUUUAAACUGGAUAAGUGCAAUAAAUGAAUAUAAGGGAUGUACCUAUAAGUGAUUUCUUGAUAUUUGCAAGCAAAUCCAUUUUAAAUAUUUGUGACGUCACUUUACAAAAUGUGGCCAUAUAAAACACUCAAAGAUUCUAGGAUAGGGUCUGUGCGGAAAGAGAAGAGUCGUAGAAUGUACGGACUCCCCUACAUUUCACGACUUUCCGCAUCAUUAAAAAGUUUCCUAAAUCCGUUUUAACACUAAUAAAUAACUGUUUCUGAGUAGCUUCUCCAGCACUUCAGUCUGUGUGUGAUUUUAAAUGACAGUGAUACCGAAAUCAACUUUAUUUGAGUAAUGGCUCUGAAGUCAUUUUGUCCAUUUUUUUAUUGGAUCACAAGAUAAUUUGGUAGUCUAUAAUAUUCGUAUAACACUUAGUCGUAUGAGAUUCUUAGCGACUUUCGCAUAGAUUGUCACUGUGACUAUGACUAGGUACGAAAUGGUACCUAAUUGCUAUUGUCUAUGCAAUUUAAAAAGUUAUUUGUACAAAGUUUUUACAAAAGAAUAUGCGGUUCUGCAUUGUAUAAAUAUAGUUUAUACGUUUGUAAAUACUUAGUUAAAUCAAAAUUUACAUUAAUAUAUUUUUAAGUGACAAAGUGACUUCAUAGUGUAGGUACUUCGGAAACUUUUGGCCAAAAGGAAGAAGAAAUUUGACUAUAAAAAUCUACAAAAAAAUUAUUUACUCCUGUAAACUUAAAUUUUACAAAUAUUUUAUUAAUUCAUGUGUUUGCUGCUGUCUUCGAAAAAAUAUUGUGUACAACGGUACAUUAACUAAGUCUUAUAAUUCGCGGGCCUGUUUUAGCAAUCUUCGACUGCGUCUUGUUUAGCCUUUGAAUUUUAAGUUCGAACCUUUUUUAUUUAAGUACCUGUUGCACAAAAUGCUAUAGAAAUAUUUUUUUCUUUGAUUAACAUGGUACCGUAGCAAUAGUAUUAUUUAUUAUUGAAUAUUAAACUGUGGCCAUGUAGCUAUGCAAACAUAGAAAGGAUAAUUUGAUUUGUGUAUGGUAGGAUUGGUAAGUAAUAGGUUCAAACUAUAAGAGAUGACUGAAAUAAAUUAAAAUGUAAUUG